CACCACCAUUUCGGUCGCGCACAUAACUACCACAUCGCGCAAAAAGAGGCCUGAAAAUAACUGCACAGCCUGAAGCAUUGCUAGGCCAGUCCCUCUUUGCUUUUGCGCGCCAUGCCGCGUCCUCGUCGGACCAAAGUCGCGUCCGAAGGUGCACGCGUCGUGACCUUGUCCGAGGGCGCACCCACCACGUCAACAUCUAAGCCGAGAAGAGCAGAUUCAAUGGCUGCGCCGAAGAACACCAGGGCGCGUGCACAAAGGCUCAAGCCUAGCAGUCAAAUCGAAGAGAUUGAGAGUUCAGGGCAGACCGUGCAAAAAAAGCAAACGAAAAAAGCGCGGCGUCCACCAGCGAACAGAAAGAAGGACCUCUUAGUGGACAGGUAUGUCGAGGAUGACGUGGAAGAUGAAGGUCAGACGAGUGCGCUAGAUGCACUCAAAGCACGAAUGGAUGCUGGUCAAGCUGGCCAGGCCGAAGCCCUUGAUACCAUAGUCAUCGCGACUCCACAUUCGCCAGAAGCUCGCGCAGAGAAGCGACAGAGUAGUUCACGAGAAAGAAAUACACGGUCGCAGUCACAUGUUGCAUCAACCCCUCAAGAACGACACGCUGCAGUCAACAGAGGACGGACACCAUCGGUUCAGCUAAACACCGACGAUGAUCUCUACGGUCUCAGCCCAGCGGGCAAAGCCUCUCAGGCAAGGAUUAGACCUCGCAGAAGUAGCGUGCCGCGUCCUCCUGUGUCUGCGUUAAGGGUGCAAGGAACGCCUGGAAUAGAGACGUCCAUGCUGAUGUUGCAGAAUUUCAAGCGAAGGGCCCGACAGCCGAGCUUGAUCCGUAUGGUUCAGCAGAGCAGUGAGCUGGGACAAGAGGACGAAGAGGCGUACCUUGGUGCAGAACUCGAUAUGGAUGACACACUGCGCGACUUUGAUAAGUUCCUGCCAGAAGACGAGUCCACGCCACUCAAUUUUGGGAAGAAGAAGCCCCUCAUCGGCUCUGUUGGCCAGCCCAGUGAUACUCACAGACAUGAGCCGCGCACAACAAGUUCGAAGAAGAGAAAACGAGACCAAACCGAGGAAGAAAUUCAAAUUCCUGGCUCAAGCUCCUAUGGCUCGUCACCGCCGCGGAUCGAGGGCACAACAUGGGCGCGAUCUCCCAGGUCCCCAAGCGUGCCUGAAGGCCGUAUCAUUGCGUCGAUCGAGGAACAAGAUCCGAUCAAUGCCGACCCGCUUUCCCAAAGUGACAUCAUGACUGCACCCAAGUCCAGCAGCGAGCCUGCAACACCAAAAAGACAGAACAUCUCAAGAGAUGGACGGAAGAGCAAUCACGCAAAGGGAGCAAAUUCACAAGCGAAGAAGUUGUCGACGAUCUCAACAGCACAGCUGCAGUCCCUCUUGCCAAAACCGCGGGGUAGGUCAGUAGCAAGGCAAUCAAGGUUAAGAAACCGAUACGACGUACAGAGCGAUUCAGAGCUGGACACUUCAUCUGAGGGACAUGAAGAUGAUGACGAGCUGUCACGCCCAGCGGGACGCCGACGACCUACAGCCAAAAAGAUGGCCCUGACGAAGAAAGACGGGAACAAAGACGUGGGCAAGAAGACGGCCGCCAACUCGAAGCAGAAGCGAACAUACGGCCGACAAAGGACCGCGGAAAAAGAAAAUGACGAGGGUGCUAAUACACCUUCGGAUGAGGAUGAGGACACAAUCGAGAUCAUUGGCGACGAGAAGACGGCAAAGGCCAGAGCGGUCAAGAGCAAGAAACUUGAACGGAUUCGACAGAUGUUUGCCGCGGUCGACAACUGGGAAAUGGAGUAUGAGAACGUUGAUCUGGGAGGCGAUGACAGCUCACCAUGGAGGUGAUCCCCCCCAUUUGUCGUGCUGCGGUCAUGAGGGCUCUGUUUCGACAUCCCUUGCUUGCAAUACACACGGACUGUUUGGUUUGGAUCACUUCUCAGCUUGAGCUGACUUUGUAGACCUCGAAGUUUCGAUGAAAUUAACGGGAGCACGCCGAUGCAUUGUGUAGUGCUAAGCGUAUGUUUGUAUGCGAAGUCGCAAACGAUUUGAUAUUACGAGAACCCGCUGAAAGUUAACCUCCACAUUUGCACAACAAACAUUCUGUACCCAAAUCUACUUCUCUCUGGUGAAAAUGAC